CCUGCUACUACCUGGGCAUCGACUCCCGUCUCGACAGCCUCGUCCGCAGCGGGCCAACUGUGCUCAUGACCCAUCCAGGCUGCUGCUGCUGCUGCUUAGAUCCAAAAUGCCACUUUGUUCUCUACAGCCCCAAAUCCUGGCUGCUGCUCAGCAGUGGAGCUCCUUGGCAGGCGUCGCUCAGAGAUGCACCGCUAUCAAGUACCACUUCUCCCAGCCGAUUCGUUUGCACAACGUCCCCUUCAACCUGACAAAGGUGAUCCAGCAAGAUGAGUGGCAUCUGCUCCACUUAAGAAGAAUCACAGCCGGUUUCCUGGGCAUGGCUGCUGCAGUUCUUCUCUGUGGGUGUAUCGUAGCAGCAUUCAGCUUCUUUUGGGAAGAAAGCCUCACCCAGCACGUUGCAGGCCUUCUGUUCCUGAUGACAGGAAUAUUUUGCACUAUAUCUCUGUGCACUUAUGCAGCCAGCAUAUCAUACGAUCUAAACCGUUUCCCCAAAUUCAUCUAUAGUCUUCCAGAUGAUGUAGAACAUGGAUACAGCUGGUCUAUAUUUUGUGCUUGGUGCAGUUUGGGAUUUACAGUAGCAGCUGGGUGUCUUUGCACAGCUUAUCCAUUUGUCAGCAGAAGCAAGAUUUUGCAGCUGAAGUCUGCCAGAGAUUCCUCCGUAUGACUGCCCACCCAUCGCCAACACGGCUCGGUGAUGAUCGGACAGUAUUUUUUCAGGACUUACUAAAAGAAACAGAAGCAAAAACUAAAUUGAGGAUUAACACAAGAACUUGAUUCUUCAAAAAUCAGACUUCUCAUGUUUUGCCAAGUCCAGCAAACUGUUCUCCUAUGUUGCCCAGCAGAGAGAGAGAGAGAGGAAAAGGAGACAGCUCUCAGAAGACACUGUCAGCUGCUUCAGUUCAAUGUGCUAUGUGCAUGUAAAGGAAGAUACUUGCAUUGGUUGGCAAGGGGGAGGGAAGUCAUUGCAAGAAUUCAGGGCUCUUUCUAUUUUUUCAAGUGUUUGUACAUAAAGAAACCAAGGAAAAGUAAUUGUUGCCAAAUGAAUACUUGUCAGAAUUAUCCCCAGGGCAUGCAUAAUGUUUUAAUUCAGCACCUUUUGCACUUGACCUUAAAGGAAGAUUUUGGUGUGUGUCCCCCCCCCCCCCCCCGCUGUCUCAGCAGACCCUUCUUUUUAAAAUCAGGGUGUGCCUGUGUCUUUUUGUGUCCGGAGUGAGCGUUUGUUCUAACAGUACUCCAGCUUGGUUCCCUUUUGUACCUGAAAUUCCUGUAUAAUUUGUAAGUAACCAAGAUUUCCAUUCUGAGCAUCCAAGCUGCACUGCGAGGAUUAAGCGACUCCUACCCAUUCCUGGAAGGCCUCUUUGUUAAGCUACGAGCUCUGUAGUAAAAAUACCUGCCUCUGUCAAAAGCAUUUGUGUUGACUG